CCCGUCCUGCCUCCUUCCUCAUGCCUGCCUCUUGGAGCUCACGCACGGCCUGCCACUGCAACCUCUGUCUCCACACAGUUUCUCUCUCAGACAGCGGAUCUGCCUACCAUGGCAGAAUCCAGGAUUCUCCUUUUGUUCUGCUUUUUGAUCUUCUGCCUGGCAGGCUCCAACUUCAUCGGAGGGCAGAAGGUGCGGUCUAAACGCUGUGACGUGAAGACCAAGUUUGUCACACACUCGCCCUGCACCGCGUGCGCAGCUGUCAGGAAGCGGUUGUGUCCCUUAGGCUGGUUUCGGAACUUCCCAGAGAAGAUACUCCUGGACUGUCGCUAUGAGGUGCAGCUGGGGGGCUCUCUGGUCUCCUUAAGUGGCUGUAGCCAGGAGUGCUGGAAGGAAGUGGUGCAGAAGGCCUGCUGCCCCGGCUAUUGGGGUUCCCAGUGUUAUGAGUGCCCUGGAGGUGCCGAGACCCCGUGUAAUGGCCAUGGGACCUGCCUGGAUGGCAUAGCUGGAAAUGGGACCUGUGUGUGUCAGGAAAACUUCAGCGGCUCAGCCUGCCAGGAGUGCCGAGACCCAGGCAGAUUUGGGCCUGACUGCCAAUCAGUUUGCAGCUGUGUACAUGGCUUGUGCAACGAUGGGCCACGGGGGAAUGGGAAAUGCCUGUGCUUUGCUGGAUAUACUGGCACCCGCUGUGACCAAGAGGUUCCAGUCUGCCAGGGCCUGAGAUGCCCCCAGAAUUCCCAGUGCUCUGCAGAAGCACCCACCUGCAAGUGCCUGCCGGGAUACACUCAGCAGGGCAGCGUUUGUCUUGCUCGUGACCCUUGUAAGCUGUCCCCUUGCUCCCCACUGGCCCGAUGUUCAGUGAAUCCCAAGGGGCAGGCUCAGUGUCACUGCCCAGAGAAUUACCACGGUGAUGGCAAAGUGUGUCUGCCCCUGGACCCAUGCAUCACCAACUUUGGUGGUUGCCCCAGCAACUCUACCCUCUGUCUGUACAAGGAUCCAGGCAAGGCCGUCUGCAUAUGCCAGCCAGGUUUGAUGAGUCUUAACAACGAUGCUUCUACGGGAUGCUAUGCCUUCUGCAAACCACAUUCCUGUGACAAAUCGGCCACCUGUCAGGUGACCGCUGAUCAAAAGACCACCAGAUGUGUGUGCAGGGAUGGUGAGGUGGGUGACGGCCGUGCCUGCUACGGACACCUGCUCCAUGAGGUUCAGAGGGCCAAUCAGAUAGGCCUGAUGCUUGCGCGGUUGAAACUGGCCAUUGCCAUGCUGGAGCAGGGCUGCCAGGAGAUCCUUACCACAUCGGGUCCAUUCACUGUACUGGUGCCGUCCUUCUUCGUCUCUUCUGUCCCCUCCAGGACCAUGAAUGUGACCCUCGCCCAGCAGCUCUGCAAACAGCACAUUAUUGCAGGGGAGCACAUCCUGGAGGAUGUAGGGCCCUCGAAUACCCGCAAGUGGUGGACGCUUGCUGGCCAGGAGAUCACCAUCAACUUCAACCAUCUGAGAUACACCUAUAAGUAUGAAGACCAACCUCAACAGACGUUCACCAUCCAAAAGGCCAACUAUGUAGCAGCCAACGGGGUCUUCCACACGGUCACUGCCCUACGGAGGCAGCUUCCCCCUCCACUCCCAGGGGACCCCAAGAAAACUGUCAGCGAGAUCCUGGCUUCCACGGAGGCUUUCACGCGGUUUGAAACGAUCCUGGAGAACUGUGGACUUCCAUCCAUCUUGGAUGGGCCCGGGCCCUUCACAGUUUUUGCCCCGAGCAAUGACGCUGUAGACAGCCUGCGAGAUGGCCGACUGAUCUACCUUUUUACAUCAGGCCUUUCCAAACUUCAGGAGCUGGUACGGUACCACAUCUACAACCAUGGCCAGCUGACGGUGGAGAAGCUCAUCUCUAAGGGACGUGUCCUCACCAUGGCCAACCAGGUCCUGACUGUGAAUAUCUCUGAGGAGGGGCGCAUCCUGCUGGGACCUGAGGGCAUCCCUGUGCGAAGAGUGGAUGUGCUGGCUGCCAACGGUGUGAUCCACAUGCUGGAAGGCAUCCUGCUGCCCCCCACCAUCCUGCCUAUCCUACCCCAGCACUGUGAUGAAGAGCAACACCAGAUUGUGCCAGGUACUUGUGUGGACUGCCAAGCCUUGAAUGCCAGUGUAUGCCCCCCAAACAGCGUGAAAAUGGAUAUCUUUCCCAAGGAGUGUGUUUAUACCCAUGACCCAACUGGACUCAACAUGCUGAAGAAGGGCUGUGCCCACUACUGCAACCAGACCAUCACAAAACGUGGCUGCUGCAAAGGAUUCUUUGGGCCUGACUGCACACAAUGUCCUGGGGGCUUCUCCAACCCCUGCUAUGGCAAAGGCAAUUGCAGCGAUGGCGUCCAGGGCAAUGGAGCCUGCCUCUGCUUUCCAGACUACAAGGGUAUUGCCUGCCAUGUCUGCUCCAACCCAAACAAGCACGGCGAGCACUGCCAGGAGGACUGUGGUUGUGUCCACGGUCUGUGUGACAACCGUCCUGGCAGCGGAGGAGUGUGCCAGAGCGGCACAUGUUCCCCUGGCUUCCAAGGCCGCUUCUGCAAUGAGUCCAUGGGACACUGCAGUCCCGGAGGGCUGGCUCAGCUCUGCCACCAGCAUGCUCGCUGCGUCAGUCAGGAGGGGAAGGCCAGGUGUAUCUGCCUCGAUGGUUUUGAAGGUGAUGGCUUCUCCUGCACACGCAGCAAUCCCUGCUCACACCCAGACCGUGGUGGCUGCUCAGAGAACGCUGAAUGUAUCCCUGGAGACCUGGGCACCCACCGCUGCAUUUGCCACAAAGGCUGGAGUGGGGAUGGCCGCAUGUGUGUGGCCAUUGAUGAAUGUGGGCUGGACACUCGAGGUGGCUGUCAUGUGGAUGCUCUCUGCAGCUACGUGGGCCCUGGACAGAGUCGAUGCACAUGCAAGCUGGGCUUUGCUGGAGACGGCUACCAGUGCAGCCCCAUCGACCCCUGCCGGGUGGGCAACGGUGGCUGCCAUGGCCUGGCUACUUGCCAGGCAGUUGGGGGAGGUCAGCGGGUUUGUACAUGCCCCCCUCAUUUUGGUGGUGAUGGCUUCAGUUGCUAUGGAGACAUCUUCCAGGAACUGGAGGCAAAUGCUCACUUCUCUGCCUUCUCCCAGUGGUUCAAGAAUUCAAGUGUCACUCUUCCUGCUGGCAGCAGAGUCACCGCCCUGGUACCUUCUGAAGCUGCCAUCCGUAGGCUGAGCCGUGAGGACCAGGCCUUCUGGCUGCAGCCAAAGAUGCUGCCAGAAUUGGUCAGGGCCCAUUUUCUCCAGGGUGCCUUCUCAGAGGAGGAGUUGGCCCGGUUAAGUGGACAACAAGUAGCCACACUGAGCCCCAAGAUACAUUGGCAGAUACACAACAUCAGCGGGAAAGUCUGGGUGCAGAAUGUCAGUGUGGACGUACCCGACCUCCUAGCUACCAAUGGCAUCCUACACAUUAUCAGCCAGGUCUUGUUACCUCCAAGAGGUGAUGUGCAGACUGGGCCAGGGUUGCUGCAGCAGCUAGAUAGGGUGCCUGCCUUCCACCUCUUCAGGGAGCAGCUGAAGCAUCACAAACUGGUGGCCCAAAUUGAGGCUGCCAAAGCCUACACCAUCUUUGUGCCCACAAAUCACUCUCUGGAGACCCAGGGCAACAGCAGUAUCCUGGACAUAGACAUAGUCCGGCAUCACGUGAUCCUUGGGGAGGCACUCUCCGUGGAGGUCCUGCGGAAAGGAGGACACCGGAAUUCGCUUCUGGGUCCCGCCCACUGGCUGGUCUUCUACAAUCACAGCGGCCAGCCCGAGGUGAACCACAUGCCACUGGAGGGGCCCUUUCUGGAGGCUCCUGGCUGCUCCCUCUUUGGUUUGGCAGGGAUCUUGACAGUGGGGUCCAGCCGCUGCCUACACAGCCACGCAGAAGCUCUUCGGGAGAAAUGCAUAAACUGUACCCGGAAAUUCCGCUGCACUCAAGGCUUCCAGCUGCAGGACACACCUAGGAAGAGCUGUGUCUACAGAUCUGGCUUUUCUUUCUCCCGGGGCUGUUCCUACACGUGUGCCAAGAAGAUCCAGGUACCCGACUGCUGCCCAGGCUUCUUUGGCACACUGUGUGAACCAUGCCCAGGGGGUGUAGGUGGAGUAUGCUCAGGCCAUGGGCAGUGCCAAGACAGGCUCCUGGGCAGCGGGGAAUGCCGCUGUCAAGAGGGCUUCCACGGAACAGCCUGUGAGAUGUGUGAGCUGGGCCGCUAUGGACCCACCUGCUCCGGAGUAUGUGACUGUGACCAUGGGCUGUGCCAGGAGGGGCUGCGAGGGAACGGAAGCUGUGUCUGUAAUGUUGGUUGGCAGGGUCUCCGCUGUGAUCAAAAAAUCAUCAACCCUCAGUGUCCCAAGAAGUGUGAUCCCAAUGCCAACUGCAUACAGGACGCCACUGGAAUCCCCACCUGUAUCUGUGCUGCAGGAUACUCAGGCAACGGCAGUUAUUGCUCAGAGGUGGACCCAUGUGCUGCUGGCCAUGGGGGCUGCUCGCCCUACGCCAACUGCACCAAGGUGGCUCCGGGGCAGCGGACGUGUACCUGCCAGGAGGGCUACACAGGCGACGGAGAGCUGUGCCAGGAAAUAAACAGCUGUCUCACCCGCCAUGGGGGCUGCCACAUUCACGCUGAUUGCAUCCCCACGGGCCCUCAGCAGGUCUCUUGCAGCUGCCGUGAGGGCUACAGUGGUGAUGGCAUCCAGACUUGCAAGCUUCUGGACCCCUGCUCCCAGAACAAUGGCGGCUGCAGCCCUUAUGCUGUGUGCAGAAGCACGGGGGAUGGACAGAGGACGUGUACCUGCAACCCAAGUCAUACCGUGGGAGAUGGGAUCACCUGCCAUGGACGAGUUGGAUUGGAGCUCCUACGGAACAAGCACGCUUCAUUCUUCAGCCUCAACCUCAUGGAAUACAAGGAGCUCAAGGGUGAUGGGCCUUUCACCAUCUUUGUGCCCCAUGCUGAUUUAGUGAGCAACGUGUCCCAGGACGAGCUGGCUAGGGUCCGCGCCCAUCGCCGGCUGGUAUUUCGCUACCACGUGGUUGGCUGCCGGCAGCUGGGGAGCCAAGACCUGCUGGACCAGGAAUAUGCCACGGCACUGUCUGGGCACACGCUGCGUUUCAGUGAGAAGGAGGGCAGCAUUUAUCUCAAUGACUUCGCUCGGGUGGUAAGCAGUGACUAUGAGGCCAUGAAUGGCGUCCUGCACUUCAUUGACCGUGUUCUGCUGCCACCGGAUGUGCUGCACUGGGAGGCUGACACUGUCCCCGUCCCUCGGAGAAACAUCACCGCCGCUACUGAAAGCUUUGGUUACAAGAUCUUCAGCCGCCUAGUCACGGUGGCUGGUCUUCUGCCCGUGCUUCAGGAUGCAACUCAUCGUCCCUUCACUAUGCUGUGGCCCACAGAUUCCGCCCUGCAAGCCCUGCCUCCUGACCGGCAGAACUGGCUCUACCAUGAGGACCACCGUGACAAACUGGCAGCCAUUCUUCGGGGUCACGUGAUCCGCAACAUUGAGGCCUUGGCAUCUGACCUACCCAACCUGGGCCAACUCCGAACCAUGUAUGGAAACACUAUCUCUUUCUCCUGCAGUCGUGCUCGGCCUGGUGAGCUCCUGGUAGGUGAAGACAACACCCGCAUUGUGCAAAGACACUUGCUCUUUGAAGGGGGCGUGGCUUAUGGCAUUGAUCAGCUGCUGGAGCCACCCGGCCUUGGUGCCCGCUGUGAUCGUUUUGAGACCCAGACACUUCAAAUGAAGACUUGCAGUGUCUGUGGGCUGGAGCCACCCUGUCCUCGGGGCUCACAGGAGCAGGGCAGCCCCAAGUCCUGCUGGCGUGAUUACUCCAAGUUCUGGGCAACCCCACUACACUCCCUGACAAUGCGUGGUGGAGCCUGGAUACAGCCUAGUUUUUGGAACCACCAUCGACUGGGUAGGGGCUGCCACCGAAACUGUGUCACAGUCAUCUGGAAGCCCAGCUGCUGCCCUGGUCACUAUGGCAUUGACUGCCAAGCUUGCCCUGGUGGCCCCAAAAGCCCCUGCAGUGAUCACGGUGUGUGUCUGGAUGGCAUGAGCGGAAGUGGGCAGUGUAAAUGCCACUCGGGUUUUGCUGGGACAGCCUGUGAAUUAUGUGCCCCAGGUACCUUUGGACCCCAAUGCCAAGGUAUGUCAUCUCUGUCUUGUCCCAUUCGAUCUCGCCCCACUUCCUUUGCCCUGUGUGUCAACUUGUCCUUCUCCCCAGUUUGCCACUGCAGCCCACAUGGACGUUGUGAUGAAGGCCUUGGGGGCUCUGGCUCCUGCUUCUGUGAUGAAGGCUGGACUGGGCCACACUGUGAAGUGCAGCUGGAGUUGCAGCCCGUAUGUACCCCACCCUGUGCAACCCAGGCCGUGUGCCGUGUGGGCAACAGCUGUGAGUGCAGCCUGGGCUAUGAAGGGGACGGCCGUGUGUGCACAGUGGCAGAUCUGUGCCGGAAGGGGCAUGGCGGCUGCAGUGAGCAUGCCAACUGCAGCCAGGUGGGGACAAUGGUCACUUGCACCUGUCUGCCUGACUAUGAGGGCGAUGGCUGGAGUUGCCGAGCUCGCAAUCCCUGCCUGGACGGCCACCGUGGAGGCUGCAGCGAGCAUGCUGACUGCCUCAACACUGGUCCGAACACACGGCGCUGUGAAUGCCAUGUAGGCUAUGUGGGUGACGGACUGCAGUGUCUGGCGGAGCUUAAGCCACCUGUGGACCGAUGCAUGAGCAAAUCAGCUCCCUGCCACAGAGACGCUCUGUGCACUGACCUGCAUUUCCAGGAAAAACGGGCUGGUGUCUUCCAUAUCCAGGCCCCCAGUGGCACUUAUGGCUUGACCUUCUCAGAGGCCAGGGAAGCCUGUGAGGACCAGGGAGCAGCCCUUGCUUCGCUCCCCCAGCUCUCUGCUGCCCAGCAGCUGGGUUUUCAUGUCUGCUUCAUGGGCUGGUUGGCCAAUGGCUCUGCUGCCCACCCUGUCGUCUUCCCAGCGGCAGACUGUGGUGAUAAUCGUGUAGGUGUAAUCAGCCUCGGGGUCCGCAAGAACCUUUCGGAGCGCUGGGAUGCCUACUGCUACCGUGUGCAAGAUGUGGCUUGCCAAUGUCGGGCCGGUUUUGUGGGUGACGGGAUCAGCACAUGCAACGGAAAGCUGCUCGAAGUCCUGGCUACCACCGCCAACUUCUCUACCUUCUAUGGGAUGUUGCUGGACUAUGCCAAUGCCACCGAGCGAGGUCUGGAUUUUCUGGACUUCUUGGAUGAUGAGAGCUCCUUCAAGACACUCUUUGUUCCUGUCAACGAAGGCUUUGUGGACAAUAUGACGCUGAGUGGCUCGGACCUAGAACUCCACGCUUCCAAUGCCACCUUUCUGAGUGCUAAUGCCAGUCAGGGGACAUGGCUUCCUGCCCACUCAGGACUUAGCCUCUUCGUAAGAGAUGAAGGCCCUGACAACAGUUCUAGGGUCCCUCUGACCCCGGGAACAGUUGUGGUCAGCCACAUCCUCGUGUGGGAUAUCUUGGCUUUCAAUGGUAUCAUUCACGCUCUGGCCAGCCCCCUGCUCACGCCGCCACCACAGUCUAGGCCGGUGCUGGGACACAAGCCUCAACCUGUGGCACUAAGCAUGGGGAUCGUGGUAGCUUCUGGAACACUGCUGGGGCUGGUAGCUGGAGCCCUCUACCUGCGCGCCCGAGGCAAGCCCACAGGCUUUGGCUUCUCUGCCUUCCAGGCAGAAGAUAAUGCCGAUGAUGACUUCUCCCCGUGGCAAGAAGGGAGCAGCCCAACCCUGGUUUCUGUCCCCAACCCUGUCUUUGGCAGCAAUGAUGCCUUUUGUGAGCCCUUUGAUGAUUCGCUCCUGGAGGAGGACUUCCCUGAUACCCAGAGGAUCCUCAAGGUCAAAUGACGGUCUGGAAUGGAAGCAGAGGCACAUGGAAGGACAGAGAGAGCACUUUUAUUGCUUGUCAGGAUGGCUGGGGCUAAAAGAACGGAUGGU